CUUCGCGUCAAGUUUUCUUCUCCUCUUCUACAUUUAAAUCUCCUUACACCACCAUGACUCAGGAUUCCGAAACCCCAACAAAAAAACAAAAGAUGUCCCAAGCUUUGAAAGUCUUCUUACGUUCUGCGAACGCCACCGCCCCAACCAGAGGUUCCGCUCUCGCCGCCGGCUGGGACUUGUACUCCUCUGAGGCCUCUUUGGUGCCAGGCCACGGUCAAGCCAUGGUCGCCACCGAUCUCACUGUCAUUGUACCAGUUGGUACAUAUGGUAGAGUUGCCCCAAGAUCCGGUUUGGCUGCCAAGCACGGGCUCUCCACUGGCGCCGGAGUCGUGGAUGCCGACUACAGAGGUGAGUUAAAGGUUAUCUUGUUCAACCACUCUGAAAAGGACUUCAAAAUCGAGAAGGGCGACAGGAUCGCCCAGUUGGUCUUGGAAAAGAUUGUUAACGCGGAAAUUCAGGAGCUCACUGCCGAGCAGUUCGAAGAGGAAUCCACCAUCAGAGGUGAGGGUGCCUUUGGCUCCACCGGUGGCUUCAACGGCAAAUAAGCUGCCAUAAUGAAUACGAUAGAUUAAUAAAAGAAAAAAAAAAGUAAACGUAAAACGUC